AUGCCCACUCCGGGCCAUGACUCACCCGCAGGGUGGUUUAUCCAAACUUUGCGGAGGUGGGAGCGCAAUAGAAGCUUGACUUUAAAUGAAAGCAACUGUAUCUACUUUAAUGUUGGCACCGAUAUCAAAUUCACACAGGGUCCGUAUCAGGGUGCCUGUAAACAACCGGAUGGAUGUUUUAUUCCUAUUGAUCUUACCGGAGCUUUUCGUAAUUGGAGUGGCCAGUUAGAAUACAUGCCGACCAUGGCAAUUGAGUGUGGAUGGAGUGAAUCAUACCCCGAGCUGCAAGAUGAUGCAAAUAGGCUCCUCAUUGGCGGUAAUGGAAAUAUCCGAGUGGUAUUCCUGGUGGUCUGGAAUUUUCAGGUUUCAGGUGUCGCUUGCCGAAUCGAAAAAUGGUCUCUAGAUAGGGCUGGCAUGCCAAGAAUCAAACAGCCUGUUCAGAUCGUUUUUCCUGCACCCGACCCCCCUGUGCCCCAACAUUUCACUGUCACAUUCAAGGACCUUUGGGGUGCAAAUUUAGCACAUUUUCCGGACCGGCUGGCCACUAAUCAACAUGUGUUUGAUGUCUCUGAGUUCCGGAUUAUCGCCGAGAAUACUCUCGUGGCAAAAGGUCUCUACCCAGCAUAG